GCGAGUGGACGGACGGCCGGGGUCCCGCGCGCGCACGAUGGCGCCGGCGUCUGCUUCCCCGGAGACCGCGGGCUCGGAGACGCGCCUGGACUCCCUCCUGCAGACCCUCUACGACCUGGGAGAGACUAAAGAUGAAUCAGAACAGAAGAGGAUCAGAAAGAAGAGGGAAAACAAGAAGAGAGACGUGGGAGCUGCAGCAGCCGGGUCAGUGGGGCAACUUUCCCUGCCUGCUUCACUUGAAAGAGGGCAGAGGAAGAGUGCUUCCAGCUUUUUCAAGGAACUCAGAGAAGAGAUGCAUGGUGCUCCUGAUGUCACCUCCCAGGGUCCUCCUUCAGGACCAGAAGUCUCUGCUGCUGCAUUGCCACCCUUUCCCCACAUAGAAGUAGUCAAAUUUCACAGCAGAAAUAAAAAAAGAAAACUGCAACUAGAACAAGAUGAGCACACAAAGAGUAAAAUUCAUGUCCUUGAAAAAGAUGUGGAUAUUCAAGAAUUUAACUUGGAAAAGGCUCGUUUGGAAGUGCACCGGUUUGGGAUCAUGGGCUAUGGGAAGGGAAAGGGAAGAGUCCUGGAACAGGAGCGUGCCAUCAUGCUGGGUGCUAAGCCUCCCAAAAAGAGUUAUGUGAAUUACAAGGAUUUACAGGAGCAAAUCAAAGAAAAGAAGGCAGCAAAGGAAGAAGAGAAGAGAAUGGUACAGGAUACAGAUAUUUUCAAGAAAAAGAAGAGGAAGGGGCAGGAAGACAGAAAAUUCAAAAAGAAGCCGGUUCCUAGUACUUCAUCAAGUGGACGAAUUGGACAGGUUGGAAAAUUCAGAAAUGGGACAUUGAUUCUGAGCCCCCUUGAUAUCAAGAAAAUAAAUUCUUCAAGAGUGGCUAAAUGAAGCACUUCGUCAGCUAACAAGAGGAGUGGGAACAGGUGGCCCUGCUGGCACUGGGCCCUACCAGACCCAGACUCCUCACGUUCCACAGAGAGAGAACAGGUGAGGCUGCAUUGCCAGCUGUUGGUGAGCACAGCAAGUGUCACCUCCACUUCCUGCCCUGGUGCUUGGAGCACUUGCUUGUGAUGCAGUUUUCCAUGAUCACAGUGUCUUGUAAAUGCUAGUGAUUGACAUAAAUUGCCUUUUGACUUUUUGUAGGGUACUGGUGAUGCACGCCUUUUAACAUUUGUAACUACUUUACAUUAUGAAAGAAUUCAGAAUGUGGCAAGUCUUCAGUUUUGUGGAAAAGCAGUUUUAAUUUUUCAGUCUACUUUGUAUAUAAAAUCUACUUUGUAAGAAAUUAUAUAAUAAAAUAGUU